GUGAUGGAGAACUUGGAGACCUUGAAAAAUUUAGAAGAGUUGUGGCUAGGAAGAAAUCGCAUUAGAGAUGUGAAUUUGUGUGGGUUGAAAUGCAUAAGAAAAAUAAGUUUGCAGAGCAAUCGACUGACAUCCAUGUUAGGAUUUCAGGAAUGUCUUGGACUAGAAGAAUUAUAUUUAAGCCAUAAUGGUAUUGCUAAGAUGGAAGGCUUAUCUACUCUUGAAAAUCUUCGUGUCCUUGAUGUCUCUUCGAACAAACUAACUGGAAUUAAUGACAUUGAGAAGCUGACAAGGUUGGAAGACUUGUGGCUUAAUGAUAACCAAAUAACAUCCUUGGAAGGCAUUGAUGUUGCUGUAGCUGGUUCAAAAGAGAAGCUUACGACCAUAUAUCUUGAACACAACCCAUGUGCUAGCUCUCCAAACUAUUCCACCACAUUGAAGCAAAUAUUUCCUAAACUGCAGCAAAUUGAUUCGGAUAUAUUUAUGUGAUGGUCACAGAUUGGUACAUCUUACCGUGUAAUUGGAGCAGUCUUCAUAGAUAGCUCUUCAUCAAUGUUAACUAGCGUUAUUGGUAACAUCUUUUUUAACCUUCUUUUAUCCUUUUCCAUUAACUUCAUGGAUAGAACAUUGUCUUCUUAGAAUUGUAAUUUUUUUACACAUUUCUCGACUGAGUUCUGAAAUUUUGACUUUUUGCCGCUUCAAAGCUAUUGUGAAUGAAUCCUGUGAUGGUACCCGUCAGGAAUGUCUAUAUAUGUUUUGAAGAAUUCAUUUUA